AUGGCGCUGGCUCUUACUACUGACUUUAUCGAGGCAAGAGGCCGGGGUGGGGGUGGUGAUGGGGACAGCAGUGGCUCAGAUGGAGAUGAAGACUCGGGUUCUGAAGGCAGUUCCUCCUGUGUCAACACCUACCUACCAAUGAUCGAUGAUCUCGAUGUCACCCGAUUCGAUAACUACACCUCAGAUCCAAACUAUGGCGGCGCGUAUUAUUUCGGCGAGGCUUCCCUGAAGAGCAAAAUUGAGCAAGAAGAGCUCGCCUGCAUUCUCACCAACCAAUCCGUCCUUCCAGUGAGACUGCUGGGAGCCGCGUUCAUCGCCCCUCAAUCGCCAUGGCCUCAAGGACCAAAGAAUAGCAUUGUUAUUGGGUUCAAAGCCUGGGCUACAGACAAGUCGCUACAAGACUUCGCGACUUCAUACGAUACCUGUGAUAGUCUCGGCGACACGAUUUUCUUCAGGACCACUUCAUGGUUCUCAUACACGAGUCCAAAUGCCGGCUUAGUAGACGCUCGCGACUCAGUGCCUUUGACGCUAUCCACUAGCCAGAAUUUGACCACCUUCAGAGGGGACUACGUUGGAGGACCGCAGACGAAGUGGACCAAUAUAUCGCUUGCACAGUGGACUCAGGAUGAUAUGGCCUUUUCCGACGAUUUCUGCAGCGGAUAUGCGGGGAUGCAUAUUCCAUUGCCAAUUGGGACUGUUGUCAAUGGCUCUGUUAGCUCGGACACCUUUGCUCUGACCGUCACGGGGGUCGUGAUCGACGCGGUGGCUGGGGUCAACGUGAGCUUCACUGUGGAUUUCAAAGGGGCAUUUGCAUCGGCCAACUCGACACAAGUAGUCCAGUCUGGGCAAAACGACGGGCAAAACGGCAAUUCAUUUAUAUCUUUUGCUUUGGUUGAUAGUGAUGGAAGCGAUAAUGGUCAAGGAAGGCUGCGUGCGCUUGGUCCAAUGAUGUUUGCUUCUCUUAUUGUCACAUUGGUGCUGGGUUAUAGUGAUCUAUUGCAUUGA